AUGAACACUCGCGGCGCUUCAGGGCGCGCAGAAGCAGAUGCGCAACCUCAAAGAGUGACGAGAAGCACUCAAAGGAACAACAUACCUACAUCCGCACCACCACCCCAAGUAACUCGCAUUUCACAGCCGCCUGAGUCUGUCCCGCAAGUGAAUGUUUUGGAGAGACAUCCCGUUGCUCGACGUGGCCCUCCAGCAUAUGCCCUUCGAGAGUCUAGUAUCCCGUCUAUCCCACAAAGGCCUGACGACGACACUGAGUUUUACGACGAUGAAGAUGAAGAUGAUAAUGUAACACGAAAGGAGGACGAAACCGUCCGUGAAGCACAAGAUGGAGAAGUGGGUGUCCAGCCUGAGGAGUCGGAAUACAGUGAACAACCUCAAGCCGGUCUUGUGAUCACUUCUGCUCAGAGGAGGGUUCUGGAGCUUACCGUCCCAGACUUGGCCAGCGCCGCUGACAGCCUUUUCAGGUGUCUUCGACGAAAAGACCCCGAUCAAGACAUCUUCAGAGGAUCCUUGGGUAUCAAGAGACGCGCUUUCUAUAAUAUCAGAGCCGAGUACGAUAUCCUCGACCAGGAUAAUAUGGCACCUUUCAUCGAUUUUGCACAAUUUCUAGCCGCCCAGAACUUCACCAAGGAUCACGUUUAUACAUCCUCCCAGAUUGCGUGCGCCAAUGUGGUCAGCGCUUAUGACAAGCUCCACGAUAUCAAGGAGGGGGAUGCAUCAGAUGUCUUUGAGUUCUUCCAAACUCUCCACGAAACACUGCCUUCAUUCUUCAUUCUUGCCGAUGAGAUGUUCCAAGCACCCGAAUGCACACUAGAUCUGCGCACAUGGUUGUUCGUUGAGGUCAUCUCUCAACCUAAUCAAGACAUGGAUUAUCGGGAUCUGCUUGUCGCUUUGUUUUGCAGAGACCAGCAACGUUCGGGCACCAACGCCGAGGAAGAAUAUCCCAGCGAUUAUGCUGUGCUCUUCUCUGGAAACUACUUUCGAGAACUGGGUGGCAAAGAUCAUGAUCUUAAUGAACUCUGCUCAACACGCAUUGCCGAGAUUGUGGAACUCAAGAGGGAUGGUGGAAUUGCCCAGCUCAGAACGAGAUUUCCCUUGCAUAGCCUGGUGGACGAGCUUCAGAAGUGCUUUGAAAGCUUAUACAAGAUCUUGACAGACGAAGAGAGCGUGAGGGCGGCUACUGAACCCAUUGUUGAGUACCAACAGAGCGUAGCCGAUAGCCAAGCUGACGAUUUCGGGUCAGAGUCGCAAUCAAUUGUCCGUAUGGGAAGUCAGGAAGCAGUACCGAGUCUGUUUGUUGACAAGGCAUCCCUCCGAGCCCUACAAGGUGGGAAGCGGACGAGUCUCCCUGAUGCUCCUCCUUCCAAUCAACAGCGCGCAGCCUCUAGAUCAGCAGUUCCCCGCGACUACCACCAACAUACGAAUGCCGAACUCAUGCGAAGUCCAUUCCCUCCUGCAAGCUCUUUGCAGUUGGGCCACAAGAGCAACGCAAAUCAUGAAAGAGGCCAGAAGCGGCCACGAUCUGUGGCAGAAGAUGACGGUGGGGAUUCCUUUGAGACUGACAAUCGGCCUAUCGACCAAGCAAAACGAGAUGAGCUGAGGCGGCGCAUGGCUCCGCCACCUAUCCCCCACCGUGUCUCUCGACCUUCUCAGAAGCACGUCCCCGAUCCUCCACAGUCCUCAGGAUCAGAAUAUUCCAGUUUCCAGCAGGAAUCAUCGCAGCCGCCCUCCUCAAUGCCCGACUUUGAUGCUAUCAGACAAGCCGCUUCUCAAAGGGCCAAAGAAGCACGUAUGGCAGAUUCAGAGCGAUCAGGAGGAAAGCAGCGCGUUCCAUGGAGUCAACACGACUCCCAAGUGCUCAUUAAUCUUAUUGCAGAGUAUGGCGUUCGUUGGUCUACGAUUGAAACACGUGGUGAGCCUCUUUUCGAAUACCCACGCAAUCAACAGGCCUACCGCGAUAGAGCACGCAACGUCAAGACUGAGCUUCUCAUUAUUGAUGUGGCUCUGCCUCCCAAUUUCGACGGCGUCGCUUUGUCGAAUAAAGAAAUUAUCAAGAUCAAGGCUGCUGGGAAGAACCCUAACCGGAGGGAGGAGGAUGUUGAUGAACAGGGUAACCCCAUCAAUACUGAGCUGGUCGAGUCUACGCCUUUCUAA